GAAUCAUACCGCCGACCUCAUCGCAGACGCGUUGGAGUUCAUGUACACACCAUGGCCUGACAAUAGCGAUAAAUACGCACUGAGAAGCCAGCUGGUGGACAUCAUCGGUGAUUCGGUGUUUGUCGCACCAAGUCACGAGGUCGCUGACAUUCACAGUCAACACGCUCCCGUGUACAUGUACGAGUUCGCUCAUCGUUCAAAUAACGCCAGUUUCUACCCUGAGUGGAUGGGUGUUGUCCACGGGGAAGAUCUACCUUACGACUUCGGAAUCCCACUGUUACCAAGGUUUUCCGAAUAUAACGUUGUGGACAAAAACAUCAGUUUGUUUGUUAUGGCAGUCUACGCCAACUUCGCGAGGACUGGCGAUCCAACACCCCAGUCAGUCAGCGGUGUUACGUGGGAGAGGUACAACAGCAGUCACAGAGCUUACCUGCGAGUUGACGCCAGUCCCAAGAUGACGGCAGCAUUUGCUCCUCGCCGAAUGACAUUUUGGAAUGAGUACUAUCCUAAACUGCUGCAAGUGAAGUUUGAUACCAAAGACGAAGUAACCAGCGAUGCUAGUGCUAGUGUUGCCAUGGCAGUUUUUCAUCAAGUUGCCCUCGUCAUCAGUUUGGAGUUGUUUAACUAA